AUGACUUUCUUUAAGAGUUCAGGAAAACAAAUGCCUAGUGAAGUUAUAAACAUCUUUUGGGGUGUACCCCCCCUCCACUCUCUCUAUCUCUCGGCCAUUCUCUUUCAGUCUAUCUCAUCUGGCCGCUCGGUCUGUCUCAUCUCAUCUGGCCGCCUCUCUCGGUCUGUCUCAUCUGGCCGCUCUCUCUUUCCGCGCUCUCUCGGUCUCAUCUUUUUUUUUUUUUUUUUUUUGGCGCUGCUCUCUCUCAUCUGGCCCGCUCUCUCUCUCACUACCGCUCUCUCUCUGUGCCGCUCUCUCUCAGUCCUCAUCUCCAUCUGGCUCUCCUCUCCUCAGCCGCUCUCUCUCUCUCAACCGCUCUCUCUCUGUCUGUCUCAUCUGGCGCUGCUCUCUCUCUCUCGGCCGCUCUCUCUGGUCUGUCUCAUCUGGCCGCUGCUCUCUCUCACUCGGCCGCUCUCUCUCGGUCUGUCUCAUCUGGCCGCUGCUCUCUCUCUCCUUCCGGCCGCUCUCUCUCGGUCUGUCUCAUCUGGCCGCUGCUCUCCUCUCCCUUUCGGCCGCUCUCUCCGGUCCUGUCUGUCUCAUCUCCGCUGCUCUCUCUCGCUGCUCUGUCUCAUCUCGGCCGCUCUCCUCGGCGCUCUCUCGGUCUGUCUCAUCUGGCCGCUGCUCUCUCUCACUCGGCCGCUCUCUCUCGGUCUGUCUCAUCUGGCCGCUGCUCUCUCUCACUCGGCCGCUCUCUCUCGGUCUGUCUCAUCUGGCCGCUGCUCUCUCUCACUCGGCCGCUCUCUCUCGGUCUGUCUCAUCUGGCCGCUGCUCUCUCUCACUCGGCCGCUCUCUCUCGGUCUGUCUCAUCUGGCAGCGCUGCUCGGUCUGUCUCGGCCGCUCUGCUGCUCCCGGUCUGUGUCUGCUCUCUCUCAGCGCUGCUCUCUCUCGGUCUGUCUCGUCUGGCCGCUGCUCUCUCUCACUCGGCCGCUCUCUCUCGGUCUGUCUCGUCUGGCCGCUGCUCUCUCUCACUCGGCCGCUCUCUCUCGGUCUGUCUCGUCUGGCCGCUGCUCUCUCUCACUCGGCCGCUCUCUCUCCGGUCUGUCUCGGCCUGGCUGCUCUCUCUCUCAGUCCCCUCUCAUCUGGCUGUCUCGUCUGGCGCUCUCUCAGUCUCUGUCUCAUCUGUCUCAUCUGCCGCUGCUCUCUCGGCCCUCUCUCUCAAUCUCUCUCAUCUGGCCCUCUAUCUCUCUCUCAUCUCUCACCGGCCGCUCUCUUCAGUCUAUCUCUCCUCGGCCACUCUCUGUCAGUCUAUCUCUCUCAGUCGCUCUCUUUCAGUCUAUCUCUCUCGGCCAUUCUGUUUCAGUCUCUCUUGUUCAUACACUUUCUCUCUUCCUCCCUCCCUCACUCUUUAUUUUCUCUUUUCUUUAUCUGUUCUGUCCUUCUUCACUAAUUGUUUUUCUCUUCACUUGUUGUUUUCCUCUCUCUUCACACAUUCUCUCUCUCUCUCUCUCUUUUUCCCUCUCCCUUCACUCGUACUCUCUCCCUCUCCCUUCACUCGUACUCUCUCCCUCUCCCUUCACUCGUACUCUCUCUCACCCUCUCUCUCCACUUGUCCUUUCUCUCUGUCCCCCUCUCUUGUUUCUCUCUCCAAGAGUUGGCCUUCUCUUGGGCAAAGUUGUCAUCGAUGUGAAAGACACAGUCAGUGACUCUCAAAUCAGUACAACAAAAGUUGAUACCUCUGUUCAUAUUUUUUCUCAUGUCCCCUGUCCGCACUCUCUUCGGUUUUACGACAAAACAGGGAAAGUUGUGGAUUCAAACCUCAAGACAUUGAUAAAAGAGAGACAAAAGCCCGUAUCUACAAUCAAAUUGCCGGGUGCCUUCCUAUAG